AAAAAAAGGCAGAAUCAUCUCCCCUAGAGCAUAUGAAAAUUCCCGAGAGUCUGACGUUCUCAAUUCAGCUCGUCUAUUUCGUCUUAACAUAAUUUCUUGAGACGGUGCAGCAACCGGAACACCAUGGACGAAUCGCCGAUACAGUCCGAUACUUUGCACUACUGGUGCUACCAUUGCGAAAAGCACGUCUCCAUCGAAACCCUACCGGAUCUGCCUGACGUCAUCUGCAACGAAUGUAAGAACGGCUUCGUCGAGACAAUCGGCGUCGCGCCGACAGCUCCGGAGCCUCAAAACGCUGAUCAGAUCGACGAGCGCUCUUUGGUAUACGCGUUCACGCGACGCCUCCGACAUAUCGCUCAGCUGCCGAGUGACGACGAAGAUCCGCCUUCACCGCCUCCAGAUCACCCAUCUGAAGACGACUUUCUGAGAAUCGAUCUCGACGGUUGGGACAAUGACGAGGAUGAAGACGUGAACGAGAACGAUGGAGAGGGAGAAGAACAAGAAGAAGAUCGAUCUGAUAACGAGAACGAAGGGAAUGUAUAUCGCCCAGAGAUAGAUCGAGAUCACCUCCGGAGGCGUCGCGAGAUGUUACGCCGUCGUAUUCAUAACCUCGCUGCCGCCUCCGGCAAUCCGAACGCAGUCCUUGAUUGGGCGAUCUUGAUGGCAUCAGAGGACAGCACAAUCGAAUUUCAUUUUCAGAUGCCCGAACCCGAAGGUUAUACUGGAAAUCCGGAAGAUUACGUUGAUGCAGCUGGAUACGAGGAGUUGUUGCAGAACCUGGCCGAGAGCGACGGAGCUGCGAGAAGAGGAGCUCCACCGGCAUCGAAAUCUGCAAUUUCCGCAUUACCGAGUGUUGAGAUUAAGUCGGAGGAGCAGGUUUUAGCUUGCGCUAUUUGUAAAGAUGUGGUCUCCAUUUGCGAGAUUGCUAGGAAAUUGCCGUGUGGCCAUGGAUACCAUGGGGAUUGCAUCGUCCCUUGGUUGAAUUCCAGGAAUUCUUGCCCUGUGUGUAGGUUUGAAUUACCCACAGAUGAUUCUGAGUAUGAAGAAGAGAGGAAGAAGAGAUUGGUCCCAACUUCUGGAGGAGCUUCAGGUUCGGGUGGAGAGAAUUCGGAUUCUGGUUGACUUGGUUUGGUAAGUUUGCAUUUAUUUACUGUAUUUUGUACUUUUGGUUGUUUGAUGACUUGUGGAUUAGAUGAAUUAUGAAGAAGUUGAGAUUUGUUUUCUGUUUCUUCUGAAUGUAAAUAUUACUGAAUUUGGAUUUGGGGUAUGCUGCUGAGGAAUUCAAUCUGCAAUAUUGGCUUGACAAGUAAAGUAGGCCAGUAGACUUUUAGAGUAAAAAUGCUGCAUAUAGACUGUGAGGAUAUCAUUAUUGUAAUUAUACGUGGAGUAAUUGGAGGGCUUUCUAUCUUUUUGUUAGA